AUGCUAUCAACUUGGGUCGAUGCUUUUGGUUUCACUUUAUUGCCAAAUGUGGGAGUAAUUUUUGGGUCUCAGUUACACGGAAAGAGAUUGCUGGUUGGUAUGCAACUCUCAAAAAAACCAUCUUGGUGCCCCCCUAAUUGGGUUUUUAGUCCCAUAUGGACAACGGUAUACACAAGUUGGGGGCUUUUCAGCUACACCUGUGACUGGUACCCCAUCAUCAAAACAGCUGCUUAUCUAAUGGUUCCUUAUUUGGCCUGGUUAAGUUUGGCUUCUGCUCUUAACUGCUGUGUCUGGAGGGACAGCAAGGAUAAGGAUGAUUCAAAUGAUUAA